GUGUGCGUGUAUAUAUAUAUAUAUAUGUGUGUGUGUGUAUUGUUAAAAAAAUUAAAAGAGGACGCGCCCGCGCGGGUGCGCAGGAGCCCUUAGGGGCCGUCGUGGGGACGGAAGGACGCCGCCGUCGCCGUGGCAACGCGGGCCGGGCCCAGUAGGGCCGUCGUCCCGCCCAGCCCCGGCCCAACCGCCCGGAUGCCGCUGAAAGUGGUGGUGGAGCCGCAGGUGCAGGCGGUGAGGCCGCAGCAGAGCGGGGCGGCCGGGGUAGGAGGGAGGGAGCGAGGAGCGGCGGGGCGGCCCAGACAACCGGUGCGGGGGGGUGGAAGCUUGUUACCGCCGUUGUUCCGGGACCCUGAGGUGCCGCACCAUGCCACAAUCUGUAUAUGAACAGGUUACAUGUCCUCGUGUGUUUCUGCCUGAGAAACAUGAUGUUUUUCUUGGUGUGUGUAUCUUGGGUCAACACAAAGAGACAGAAUGCCUUCCUCCUGUUUUCCCUCUCUUGUUUUAUGAGAAGAUGUGCUUUGAAAAGGUGUUUGAAAGUGCCAUAGAUCCUGUUGCAGUAACUGAAAUGCUUGAAAGUAACGUCAUGAGGUUGGAAUUAACUCAGCUUGUGUCUUCAGAAGGCGAUGACCUUGCAUUCUAUGAAGAGAAUACACGAAACUUUCUGUUCCCAGAGUGCAAGCUGACUCCUGCAUGUCCAGGUGUAGACAGAGAAUUACUGAUGAAAACUUCUCCUCGUUUUCCAGGAAUAGCACCAAAAAUAGAGUUCUCCACAAGAACAAGCAUUACAGAACUUCCACUUCAGCACAGAAGAAAGAAUUAUGGCCGAAACAGAACAAGGAAUCAAAGAUCUGCAUCACCUAAACAAAAGAACCAAUCACUAACGCAAUGCAAGACAUCAGUGAAAAGGGAUAAAAGCUACGGAAGGCAUACAAGGUCCUUAAAAUCACAAACUCCUCCUCUAAACACUAGAGACCGCUUCUGUGAACUCUGCAGAGAAAAUCAUCAGCAGCCAUCAAGACUGUGCCUGGAGUCUGCUGGGCGCAAAUCAGAAAAUGAGACCAGGCCACCAUUUGUAGUCAGACACGUGGACAGUUCUAAAUUAUUCAUUGAAGUAACCUCACCGUUAUGUUACCGUAAGGUGAAGCAAAGUAUAAGAUCAGCAAAAGAUUCUCUUAAAUCCCAUGAGAAACGAGCUUCAUCUUUUGAUAACUGUGAAGCGUCAAAUACCUCAGUUAAGAUGAUCAAGGAACCAUCUGAACAGACUACCUCUGAACAUGAUUCAUCAUCUCUUGGAAGAGGUGGACCUGUGAGUUACUUGCAUUAUCCUCCCAGUCAGAGGGAUUCAGCUUUUCACCGUACAGCUUCAUCUGCUGCCUCCCAACACCUCAAAUGACCAAGUCCUGUUGGGAGUCCCUCUGCUUUUCAAAACAGGUUGAACAGCUCAGAACUGCUGGAUUCUGACCUGAAGAACACGCUGAGGCUGAUGCCUCUACUCCGUUUGAGUGC